AUGGCCAAUGAGCAAUUCUACCUCGUCCAAGGUGCCCAAAACAUUGAGACAGAUGAAGUAGACUAUCGUAAUUUAAUGGUACAUUAUAAGCUGGAGCCGCAUUUGGUCAAGAUGGCAGAGACGACGCUACCGGGUACUUAUCAUCACCUUCUACGUGGUGUAGGGGAUGCUCGAGAUUCACUUACACCAGGAGAAUGUAAAAGUGACCUUUUGUCACUAUUAGAUGGCGUACCUUUUGAUCGUCCUAUCGAGCCACUACCUGAGAGUGUAGUGAAGAGUGCAUUUCAGCUUCCUGCAGGUAAUAAGAGUGGACCUAUAAUGCAUCCACUUGGUAGUCGGAAAGUUCAAGGACUUAUCCAUGCACCACCACCUACGGGUGCUGAACGAGCUAUUCAUGUGGAAAAACAGAAGGGAAAGGCUAAGGAUGAUAAAGACCGAAAAGAGAAGAAGGAGAAAAAGAAAAAGAAACGAGAACGAGAAGAUGCGACUGUGUUGCAAAAGCUGUUAGCCCCAUUAGUAGCUGAAUUGCGUGCGCUUACAUGGGCUGGGUGGGUAGUGAAUGGAAAGGCAGGAAAUCCAUUCAUACAAAAGUUUACAAAGGAUAAUUGCAAGCGACUGGGUGUACCAAAUUAUUUUGAUUACGUGAAGAAUCCAAUGGAUUUGACUCGCAUGAAGGAAAAGGUAGAACAUGCAGAGUACACAAAAAUUGAUCAAUUUACUGCAGACAUUAAGCUCAUGGCAGCAAAUGCGAAAACUUUCAAUCGCGUUGGUGAACCAGUGCAUCAAAUGGCGAUUGAGAUUGAAAAGUUGUACGAAUCGAAGUUGCCAGUGUACAAGAAGAUGUUUGACGAUUUGCAGCAAGAGCGGAAGAAACGUAAAAAGGAGAAGAAGAAACGAAAAGAAAAAAAGAAAGAAAAGUAA